AUGCUAUUGUGGCUUACCACAAUUGCUACUGCCUUCACGGCAGCCCAUGCGGCAGGUACCAACAAUACCAGUUAUCGUGCCCUAUUUGCUAUCCAUUCCAACUCGACACCCAUCUUCGAGAACAUCACAGGUCAGAGUGUGAACCCCCUUGUCAAGGCUCUGCAGCCAGUCGGAGGUCUCUCCAAAAGCUCUACUUCUCUCCAACGCAGAGAGGACCUGCCCACGGGCACUUGUGCCCCGGGGACCCCGUGCGUGAACGGCGCCUGCUGCAGCAAGACCGGAAUCUGCGGAUACUCUCCCGAUGAGUGUGGCACGGACGUAUGUAUCUCCAAUUGCGACGCCAAGGCGGAAUGUGGCGAGUACGGUGUGGCAGGCAACAAUACCUGUCCAAUCAAUGUGUGCUGUUCGAAAUUCGGGUUUUGCGGGACAACAUCUGACUUCUGCGAUGCAGGAUGCCAGGAAGGCUAUGGUGGCUGUGGUGCCGUCACCGAGCCAUCCUGCGGCGGCUCCAGUGCAAAGCAAAGAACCGUCGGCUACUACGAAGGAUGGUCCUCCAUCCGCACCUGCGAUAAACGCCUUCCGUCCGACCUCGACUUGACGGCACUGACUCACAUAAAUUUUGCCUUCAUUUACUUUGAUCCCUCGACCUUUCAGAUUGUUCCCAUGAACUCAGGGGACGAGGCUUUGUACCCCCAAUUCACAGGGUUGAAGAAGACAAAACCGGGGCUCAAAACGUGGGUGUCUCUUGGAGGCUGGAGUUUUAAUGACGCCACAAACACCCCGAACACCCAAACAGCCUUCAGUGAUAUGGCUGCAAGUGCCGUCAAUCGACGGACUUUCAUCGCCUCAGUUAUCUCUUUCAUGCAGAUUUGGGGUUUCGAUGGGCUGGAUAUUGACUGGGAGUAUCCAGGUGCCCCAGAUCGGGGCGGCGUGACUGCCGAUACCGAGAACUAUGUUACGUUGCUGAAAGAGUUGAAAGCCGCCUUUGGAGCGCGGUAUGGUUUGAGUGUGACUCUGCCCGCCUCCUAUUGGUACCUCCGUUGGUUCGACCUUCAGGGCAUCGAAGCCAACACUGAUUUCCUCAAUGUCAUGACUUACGAUAUUCACGGGGUGUGGGACUCUUCUAACAAGUUCACCGGCCCCUAUGUUCGGCCGCAUACCAACCUGACUGAAAUCGCAGACUCAAUGGAUCUCCUCUGGCGCAAUGACGUCAGUCCGUCGAAUGUGAACCUGGGCGUUGGCUGGUAUGGUCGGUCCUUCACUUUGAAAGAUCCGAGUUGUAAUACUCCAGGCUGUGUGUUUAGUUAUGGAGGCACGGCCGGUGAAUGUACCAAAUCUUCCGGGACACUUUCCAAUGCGGAAAUCCAACGGAUCAUCGCCGCGAACAACCUUGUGCCGACCUUCGACGAAUUGGCGGCUGUCAAGUGGAUAACCUGGAAUACUGACCAAUGGGUCAGCUAUGAUGAUGGCGAAUCAAUGCAGCUCAAAAUUCACUUUGCCAAUAAACACUGUUUGGGCGGAACCCUAGUAUGGUCGAUGGAUCAGGAUGGCAGCGAUCACAUCAGUUCGAACGAUUUCCUGGGCAUUGGUACCGCGAAUGGAGUCACAGCCGCCGACGCCGCAGCCUAUAAAGAGAUCCUCACCCAGGCAGACCAUGCCGCCUCCAAACGGAACUCCUGCUACUGGACCUUCUGCGGCGGGGAGUGCGUGUCGGGCUAUUUUACCCAGACUUACGCCACGGGACAGGUUCUGGGAGUGGAUCGUGACAGUUCUUGCCCCAGUGGAGAGUUCAAGAAGCUCUGCUGUGCACCAGGGACAACCACAGGCACCUGCUCUUGGCAUGGCUUUCGCGGAGUAGGCUUGUCCUGCGCCACGGGAUAUUGCCCCAAUGGAACCGAUCUUAUCGCGUCGAAUACCAACCAGUAUGAGUGGGAUACCGAAAGGAAUAAUUUCAAUGACUGGACAUGCAAUGGCGGUUCGCAGUCAUAUUGCUGUUCAGACUUUGAACCAUCACCCUAUACCAACACGGACGCACUGAAACUGGUUGGUCAAGACCAAGAAGAAUCUAGCAAUAGUGCGAGCAGCAACAAGUGUGCGAACCUCAGGACAACCACAGGUCUGGAAAGCUCCGUAUGGCUCCCAAUUAUGAACGAUGAACUCUCACUGGCCGCCGAGUCUAUCUAUAAAUGCAUGGCCGACACAGAGGAUGCAGCGGCUGACUAUAAUGCCGGCGUUGUUGCCAAUAUUGGUCAAGGAGCCAUGGGACCGGGUAUCGUCGAGGUGCCUCCAGUUUCUUUCAUCGAAGUGCCCGCAAACCUGGUCAACAAUGAUGGAAGCUAUGCACGAACACAGUAUGGCAAGAAGGACAGGGACUGUACUUUGACUUAUUACUGUCGGUAUGGACUAGGAUUCGAUCAGAUCUGCGACAAUCAACGAUGGGGGAUCGACAAGGUCAUGGGCGGAAAGACGGUGUAUUACUACACUCCGCGCCCUGACGACACCUACAAAGACUCUUGGUUUAGAUAUCGGAACAAGGAAUACCGCACACUAUUAAAAUCAAUGGUCACGUCGGCGGGCCUGACGAGAUACAAUUGCGACGUUGACGAAUUUCCUCUAGGCUCACUCGGCAAAGACCAGGUCCAAGCUCUCCGCUACGUUGACGGUAUCGAAAACGGACUGCAAGGCAAGGAUUGGUCAGAUUGGCUCCAGAGGGUCUACGCGCCCUGUAAAGCUUUGCGCAUACAACGUGGGAUUAAUCCACCCGAGCCCCCGAUUACCUGGAAAUUCGGGCACGUCAGCGAUAGCGACCCUCGAAACGCCGCCCGAACCGACGGUAAUCACUUCAUCCAGAAAUAUGGGUUCGACUCGCAGGUACCGGGCGGAGAGUGUUGGGCUGGUUUCACCUACAUGUCCGACAACGUGAAGGUGUAUCGUACUGUGCGAGACCAUGGGUUCCGCGUCCACCCGGAAGAUCCGUUGUUCAAAGAACCAUACAACUGGCCGCGUCAGCCCUACGAUUUCCCUCCAAGCUACCCGGACGUCCUUCCGGAUAACAUUGCCUCCGCCUCAUGGUUGAAACGUGAUGUCGCCAAGUCGGUGCUCCAGCGGGAUCUCCCGGUCUCGGCCAUUAUCGAAACCGACGAAGCCCUGGAAGACCUGCUCCUGGAGGAGGCUGUCGCUGCCUCCUACUACUCGGCCAUUCCUGCACCCCCGGAUCCCACUAAUGGGGCGGAGUUCUCUUCCAACCUGGCUGGGGCGGGGUCACACAGCGUUUCUCAUCAGCGGCCGAGUCUUCCGACAGAUGCCGCCGUGGAGACAGGUGCAGUCUCCCCCGCAACCGCUGCGACUACUCCAGCGGUGACACCGCGGGUGGAAGACGAAAUGUGGGCGGACUGGACGAGAGGGCGGAAGAGGCAUUUUGGGGAGCACGGUCAUCAACAUUGUGGGGGUCAUCACUAG